AUGGAUAAAGACGCUAGUGACAAUUUUCUCUUUGAUAUUUCGAAAAUAUUGAUGCAGUUUUAUGAAACGCCAGUAAUUUUUUUCACCAAGAAUGAUUACUCUGACAAAAUAUUUAAUACUUUAUGUUCUUUGCGGUCUGCUUUGCAAGGUGAAUCAGAUUCUCAGAUUGUUGAUAUAAUUGUUGAUUUUCAUUUAAAUUGGCUUCAUGCUAUUAAUGACAUAGAUCAAUUUUACAAACGAUUAAAUGAUCUUCCUAGAGAAGAGGUUUUUCAGGCGAUAAGUUACACAAUAGAUGCUCUCGGGUUUCGUCUUAACUAUUAUCACAAAUAUAUGAAUAAAUGGAAACCAUCUUUAACAAAUGACCUACAGGCUAAUCUUAAUGCUGAUAUGGAAAUUGUGGAAGAAAUGCAUACAGAAAUCACAAAAGUUCUCCUAGAUAAACUAAAAUGUUUCAGAAACUAUUCUUCUGAUAUGGAGUUCAAAGUUAAGGUUUCCAGUGCUGUAGAAGAAUUAUUAAACUGGAUUGAUAAAAUUACCGAUAGUCUAGCAUUUGAACUUAGCAAAUAUAUCAAUAUCCAUGUACCUCAUCUUAGUGGUGAUUUAACAAAAACUUUGCAACAAAUUAUUGAUGACUUGCAUAGUUCGAAUUCAGAAAGUGCUCAACGGAUGCUAGAACAUUUAAAACAGAAAGGUAGAGAACUUGGUGCUAUGAUUCGGUCCACAACCAGCCACGACUUAGAAAUAUGUAAGGUGAUUGAAAAGAUAAAUAUUUUGGAAGACCGUAUAUCACGGUUAGAACUUGAACCUACAUCAGCCGCAAGAAUGGCUUUGGAAAAGAAAAGAGAUUAUUUGGAGAAAAGGUUGAGCAUGCUUGAUAGUUUGAAAACAACACUGAAAAGUAUGCAGCAGCUAACCGAAGUACACUUAGAGUCUGUACCUGAUGAUGAGCUAUGUGUCUGUAAAGAUUUUUUUGAGUUUAGGAUUUUCAAUCACGAUUUGCAACCAGAAGAUCGUGAACAUUUGGUUACCGAAUUAUGCUACCUUUGGGAUUUAGCUGUUUUUGGGGAACGCAGUCAUAAAUCUUUUAUUUCUAUUUUAAGUGCAGCUGAUAUUAAAGAAGAAUAUACCGAUGAAUUAGGAACAUUUUACAUUGAUGAACAUAGUAGAAAAAUAUAUAAAUUACCAGAUGAUGAUACUCUUUACCAACCAAAUGAAAAAAAUGAACUUGUUCCAUUAAGUGAUGAUAGUGAACAUGUCUUCUUCUAUGAUGAAUGUGGAAGAUAUUUUAGGGACCCUAAAACCAGGCAGAGGGUCUAUAAAGCCUAUCAAACUGCUAGUGAGUACAUGAUGGAUAAUACAGGUAUUUUAUUGAAAGUGAAAGAAGAACGCGAUGGGAUAACUUACUAUUAUGAUAACUGUGGUCGCUAUUAUAUUAACAGUGAAGGAAAACACAUUUACCGCGAUGAAGACUCUGUCAGUGAAUAUGAAAAUGAUGGUUUUGGAAACCUUGUGCGUAUCCGAAGUCAUGCGGAUAUGUUUGAAUUAUGUCCAAGCGAUGCUAAUGUAACUGAAGAUUUUAAAUAUUUAAAACUAAAUGUUGGCAAAGCUUUACGGGAAUGUAUUUCUGAUGUAAUACUGCAUCAACCAGCAGAUCCCAUUGAGUAUUUAUCAGCUCGCCUUGUUACAUAUAGAAAAAAUAUUGAACUACGCGAGAAGCGUGCUUGUGAAAAAGAGGAAUUAGACAUAGAGCGAGAAAUAAGAAUUGCUGAAGAACGUGCUGAGGCUGAACGAGCUGCAAGAGAAGCUGCACUACAGACUCAAGGUGGUAGUGAAGCUAGCUAUGAUUCGAAUCUUUAUAAAUACAAUUCAAUGCAUCCUGCUGAUGCUGACUCAUUUGUUCAAAGUUCACAUUAG